CGCGCCGUGGGAAACCUGACAAGCCGCAUGGCCGCGGGUUGUUCUGAGGCUCCGGGGCCGAAGGCGGCCUCCGAGGGGCUGGUGGUGGGACCGGCCGGCGUCCUGCCUUGCCUGGAGCUGCCGACCUACGCUGCCGCCUGUGCGCUGGUAAAUAGCCGCUACUCCUGCCUGGUGGUGGGGCCGCACCGAAGGCACAUCGCACUGUCGCCGCGCUACCUUAACAGGAAACGCACCGGUAUCCGAGAGCAGCUCGAUGCGGAGCUCCUGCGCUACUCUGAAAGUCAAAAUAGCCAAGCUCAAGAUAUAACGAUGGAAGUUAAGGGUACAGUUAAUAAAGUGUCUUCCAGCCACAUUGGCUGUUUAGUACAUGGGUGUUUUAAUGCCUCCAUCCCUAAACCUGAGCAGAUGCCAACUGAGCAGUGGCAGACC